UAAAACCAUGUUUGCUUUGAUCUAUUCGAAUGUUGCGGCAAAAACGACAUCUAGUAACCCCACAUCAAGCGUGUCAAGCCAUCAUCCUUUGUCACGCCGCAUCGCGAUAGUCAGAGCGACCUUCAGCGACUCUGACCGCAGCAGGGCAGCGGCAACAUUUCCCGAAGUUGCCAAACAGUUUGGUGCAGCUCUUUUUGCAUCUGUUGUCAUGACAGGUCCCUCAUCCGCGUCAAUGCUUGAUCAUCCUUCGGUAAUCGGCGAAACGGCAGGGUUGGAAGCGAACCCGGUGACCAAUGCCCGGGCACUUCUUCGUAAUGCCUUGCCAAUAGACAACAAGCAGAUUCGCGAGGUGCAAAGAAAACUUGAAUCCAUCUCUGAAGAUCUCCGCGUCCCAGGCGUGCGAUUCUCGGGAGUAGAGUCAUCGGUGAAUGGCGCUUACAAAAUUGUCACUACUGACUAUCAGAAAAUCUUGGCCUCCGUCGCUCCAGACAAAUUGAGGGACGGAUCGGCCAUCCUUGCCGAGUUGAGACGCGAAUUGGAAGACUUCAAAGUGAUCGUCAGUAACAGAGACAAACAAGAAGUUCCGUAUGCUCAGCAACGUGCGCUUGAUUUGGUCGGUCGUGUAGAAGAGGAAAUGAUCGACAGUUUUCCUUUUGAGGUCCCAGCACCCUAUGACACCGCUCCUCUACUAAAGGGCCGUGCUAAGGUUGAAAUGGAGGUCGCGGUAAAAGACAAUCCAAACAUUGAUGAAGGCACGAUGACCAUCGUCUUGGAUGGAUUCAAUGCUCCCGUAACUGCGGGCAAUUUCGUCGACCUCGUACAGCGCGGAUUUUACGACGGUAUGGACAUCCAACGCUCUGAUGGUUUCGUUGUGCAGUCAGGAAAGCCAAGUGCGAAGAGCCAGGAUGGCUUCAUCGACCCUGCAUCGCGAAAAGAGCGUACUAUUCCUCUUGAAAUAAUGCCAAAAACAAGGGGAAAGAAUGAAGCGCCUGUUUACGAAUUCACGUUUGAGGAUGUUGGAAAGUACAGAGAUGAACCCGCUCUUCCUUUCAAUGCUUUCGGUACUCUAGCAAUGGCUCGCCGAGAGGCAGAGCCAAACUCUGCGAGUUCUCAGUUUUUUUUUCUGCUGAAGGAGUCCGAGCUCACGCCCUCAGGCACAAACAUCCUCGAUGGACGCUACAGUGUUUUUGGGUAUGUCAUCGAUGGCCAAGAAAUACUGAGAGAGCUAAAAGCAGGAGAUUUGAUCAAGAGCAUCAAAAUUGUGGACGGUGCAGAAUAUCUUGUCAAUGGUACACGCGACAACACUGCCACCCCUGAUUCUAUCACCACCACGGCUGAGACAAAUUAGGACUAACUCUGGAUGGACUUUGAAAACCAUUCAACAGCCAUUCAACAGGCUGACGCCAGGCGUAGGUAACGAGAGCCAUUGCUUGUCAUGAGAUGCUGCGUGUUUUGAUUUCGAGAAAAUCAACCAGGAUAUCCUUUGCAACGCGGCCUCGUGAAGAUCUGCAGCUUGAGUUACCUAUCGUAGUUUCGUAACUUUGUUUUAAGUCUCUCGGCCUGGGCUUCUAAUUGGAGAAUGCGAAUGGUAGGAUCGGCGGAUAGCAUCACUUCAGGAGUAGCUUUAAUUUCCUUGAAAGAAGAGCCAACUGUAGUCG